UCCCAAUUAUACGAAUACGAUUAGAAAUAUUUUGCUCUCUUUCCCUUUCGGUGUUUUCGUUUUUGUCUUUUGCUCCCAAUUGGGAUUGAACUUUUUUGGAUUAAAAAUGAUUAAUUGUUAAAAAUUAAACCAAAGAGGAAAAACGGCUUUGCAAUCCAUGGUGCUCCAUCUGCUGUUGUGGUACACCGGUGUGUAACGCUGUAUUUUUCUGGUCCUGUUGACCUUUUACGGCUGAUUUGUUUGUUGACUGCUCGAAAUCUCAGCACUGUUUUAGCAUAAAUCACAAAACUGUGUUAUCAUAGCUUUGCAUUUUCUUCUGAAAGAAGCUUUCUUAUAUUCAUUAGUUAGCUCCUAUACGUUUUAAUCUUUUCUAUUUACCAUAGAUUUCUCAUAUACAUCUUAGUCGUUACUUUUGAAUUUAUUUGCUUCCAAAGAAACUCUACAUAAUUUUUGAGUAUUAAACCUUGCGGGGUAUCAUCUAGGGAAACAAAGUACCAACAAUUAACAUUUAGCCUCUACGAGUAUGUUACUACCUGCCGGAUUAUUUUAUUUUAUUUUUUAUAUUAAUAAUGAUAUUAUUACUUAUUAUUACCAUCAUUGAUGGUGCUAUUUGUUUUCUUUUGAUGGGGGGUGUCAGUUGCUCAAUAAAGUUGCAGUUUUUCUUGUUGCUAUUAUAUGGCUGAGAUGAAAUACAUAUAUGGCACUGGAUGCCGAAAAGUUUUAGUGACCGAUGUUUAUAACGAAGUUAUUAAGAAAGAAAAAUUAUAUUCAUAAGCCGAUGUCUAAGACAUAUUACAUACUGGCAGGGUUUGGUCUGUAAGAAAAUUUACAAAUUUAAAUCUUACAGAUCAAAUCAUACCGCAAAUGAUAUGGAUGGUGUAUUCUCACACCGGCUUGUUAAUAGAAGGACUCAUUGAGAAAUAUCCUUUUAUAACUCAUUGGUAACAAGGAUUGAAGUCAUUACAAAAUUAAUCUGGCAGCGCUCUUUAUCAAUUACAUAUUUGAUGUCCAUGUCAGUCACAUAUCUCAUAUGCAUAUCAUACACUUGUCAUGCUUUACUAGCUGGUAUGGAUACUUCAAACUUGCUGCCUAGUUUUUACUUCUGCUGGACAGCUCUGUUACAGAUCUCACGUAUACAUACCCUUAUGUGACAGUGCCAUAUAUAUAUAUGACAUGGAUCCUGCAGUCUUGCUGCAUUGUUCAAUUCACUUCUGUUGGAUCCCAAUCUGUAUAUACAUGAAUAUAUAUUCUAGCGUACUAUGCUAUGCAGUAUGAUAGUUCCCAAUUGGUGCACAAGACUCCAUUGGGCCAAAGAGCAGGGAAAAACACUUUCAAUCAGCUUAAGAAAGUUUUUAGUGAUGUUACUAAGCUGAAGCGCUCUAAGGAACGAUGUACCUUGAUUACUUUACUGAUUGUCUCUCUUUUCGUACCACCGAAGAGAGCUUACGAAAGGCUUUCGAAAACUUUGGUCAACUCGUAGAAGUCAAUCUAGUGAUGGAUAAAAUAGCAAAUAGGCCAAGAGGGUUUGCUUUCAUUCGUUAUGUGACGGAGGAGGAAUCCCAAAAAGCUAUUGAGGGAAUGCAUGGGAAGUUUUUGGAUGGUCGGGUGAUAUUUGUGGAAGUAGCAAAAUCUCAGUCAGAACUCCGCCAGAGUUUUAAACAAAACAGAAGACAGUAUUGAAGAGCUAGUUUGGUAGCCUCAGACUUGAUAUUGGUUGUGAAGUGCAACUAAGCUUGUCACCGGCACUAGGAUGACAAUUUUCCAUUGUAGAAUAGUAUUGAAUAGUGAGACCUGUCUGAUUACAUUGUUUAUAUUGCUCUCUCUC